UUUGUGUAAAUAGAUUUCAAAGACGAAGAAAGCGAAUCUUUUCAAAAUCAAAACAAUCUCAUAAAUGCUUUAUUUCCGCGCCCAAACCCAAAAGAAAUAAUCUAGGGUUUCAAGAUUUUUCAAAACAAUGAGAAGAACUGUUUCAACUGUUACGGAGAAGAAAUCUUCCAACUUCGAAAGUGUUCAAGAAGGUGGUGGUGAUGGUGGUGGUGUUGGAGUUUCUGAAAAGAUCAGACACGACGGAGUUCGAGAUCUAAGCCAUACGAUUAUAGGGGAAACUUCAGUUGACAGAGAAACAAAUAUGAAGAAAGCUACUCAGGUGAUUUCUCCUCUUCCUCGGCGUAAAAAGAUUGUUUCUAAAUCAUCUGACAAACCCUUAUGGAAGCGAAUCAUUAGUAUUUUCAUCAAGAAUCUUGUACUUAUUCUUGUAAUUUUAGGGCUUUUCAAAAUGGUUAGAAAUUUAGCUGUGAAAUCUGGUGUUGGUAGUGUUGUUAAUUCGGAGAUUGAAGGUCGAAUUGCAGAGGUGGAGUCGUUUUCAAAAACGACUACCAAGAUGAUGCAAGUUCAGGUUGAAAUCAUGGAUAGAAAGAUUGGGAGUGAAGUUGGUGGUUUAAGAAGAGAAAUUGUGAAGAAGAUUGAUGAGAAAAGUGUUGAGUAUGAGACUGAAUUGAAGAAAUUGGGAGAUAAGACUGAUGAAUUGGGAAAAACUUUUGGUGAAUUGAAGGGUAGUGGGAUUUUAUCUAAGGAAGAUCUUGAUAAGUUUUUGGAUGAGUUUAAGAAGGGUGAUAGUAAUGGUGGUGUUGGAAGUGAAAAUGAAUGGAGUUUGGAUGAUAUUAGGGGUUUCGCCAAGGAGAUUGUUGACAGGGAGAUUGAGAAACAUGCAUCAGAUGGACUAGGAAUGGUUGAUUAUGCAUUAGCUUCUGGGGGAGGUUUGGUACUUGAUCAUUCUGAAUGGUUUCAGGUUACUAAGGGUCCGAGUUGGCUUCCUUUCAAGAAACACUAUGGAGUUCAUCCAGAUGCACAAAGAGUAUUAGAACCAAGUUUUGGGGAGCCUGGUAAAUGCUUUCCUCUACAAGGAUCUCAAGGGUAUGUGGUAAUUAUGCUUAGGACAGCAAUAAUUCCAGAGGCUGUGACUGUUGAACAUGUUUCUAAGAGUGUAGCUUAUGAUAGAUCCAGCGCUCCAAAGGACUUUCGGGUUUCUGGCUGGUAUCAAAAGAUUGAGACUAUUACUGGUGCUGGUGCUGGUGUAUCUAGGUUGGGUGAGAAGAAGAUGUUUAGAUUGGCUGAGUUUGCUUAUGAUCUUGACAGAAGUAAUGCUCAAACCUUCAAUGUGGAGUCAGGAGAAAAGAGGAUUAUUAAUAUGGUUAGGUUUGACUUUGCUUCUAACCAUGGAGCCCCUCACACAUGCAUAUACCGCCUAAGGGUUCACGGCCAUGAACCUGACUCGGUAGCUAUUUCGGAAUCUGAGUUAUAACACAUGACUCUUCACUCAUCCCCCACACUUGUGUAUGACUUUAGUGGGUUCAGCUUUUUCAUUUGUCCAUCUGUUUCUACUUUUAAUCUUUUUGUAGAAUGAAAAUCAUUGCAGUAUCGUGCCCACAUCUUUAGAACAUUGUUUUCCUUUUUAACUGCCGUUCGUGUAAAUCAUUUACAACCUUUUGGUACCACCACAAUUUGCUUAAUGUUUAUCCAUCUUUCUUAUGUUCAAAAUAGAUAAUCUGGUGUAGGAGCUUUUAUUCCUCUAUGUAUCUGUCUAUGACUCAUUAGAGAUAUAUGCAUAAUGUUUCCCUUUCUGGAGAGAAAAUGAAAUAACAA